UAUUGCUUUUUCUGUAAAGUUUCACAGUAUGGCAUUAAACUUUUCUAUCUUCAUCGAGACAAAACCAGACCAGGUUUCAGGCCGGAUCUACUCUUUUUUUGACUACAGUUAGCGUAAUACUGCAUUUGUCAUAUUUAAGUUGCCGCAUAUACGGUACAGUCUAAUAUAAGUGCCUUACAACUUUGCCUUUUGUAGUAUUUUGGUCCUUGGGCAUGCCGUACAAAAACAAAUAUGGCGUCUUCGUCUGACGUUCAUGUCCGAGUUUGUAGUCAAGAAAUCAUAAAAUAUGACUUGGAAAUCAAAGCACUAAUUCAAGACAUCAGAGACUGUCCCGGGCCACAGUCUGCGCUUUACCUCAACUCUCAGGUCAAAGAGAAGUUCAACAAACUCAGGCUCAGAAUACAGGACCUGGAGCAGAUGGCCAAGGAGCAGGACAGAGAGUCAGACCGAAUGGAAAUCCAGGCAGAGACAGAGAGUCAAAGAAGACAGUUGCUCAGUAAUCAGACGGCCUGGAGGAAGGCGAAUCUGGCCUGUAAACUGGCCAUUGAUAACACGGAAAAGGAUGAGCUGCUGCAGAGAGGGGAGACCAACAGCACCAGACAGAGAAAAGUGACAAAGGAAAGUUUGGUGGAGACGAGCAGUAACAUCACAGAGAGCUUGAUGUCCAUCAGCAGAAUGAUGGCUGAACAAGUGAAGCAGAGUGAGGACACUAUCACCACUCUGGCCACGUCAUCUCGAACUGUGCAGGAAACAAAUGAGGAUUUCAAAAACAUGACUGGGACAAUCCACCUUGGUAGAAAACUCAUCCUCAAAUACAACCGGCGAGAGCUCACAGACAAACUUCUCAUCUUUCUGGCUCUGGCCCUGUUCCUCGCCACUGUCCUCUAUAUCCUUAAGAAACGUCUCUUCCCUUUUAUUUAGCAAAUGGACACUCGAUAAGUCACUUAAAAGUGGAGAACGCACAACCAGCCUAAAGUUUUACAUUUGUUUAUAAAGAUGUGAUCUUUGGUAACUAAACUGUGUAUAUUCACAAAUAAGGAAAACAGGAAACUGUUACUUAAACUGUGAACAAAAAUGUCUUUUAUCUAAUAUAUAUAUAACUUGAGAGUGAAUGAUUCUGUCUGCUCAAGUCUGUCUGUAUGCAGAUUUACAAUGUUAUCAGGUCAAGUAAGGGCAAGGACUUAUUCAGGGCAAGACAUAACAAUAACCUUCCCCCACUUUCCCCAUUGUCUGGAUUUUUGUCUGUUUUGUUGAUUUUUGUUGUCCUUUUUCCUGUGUGUUUGUUAUUGAUGUCUGUUUACAGUGUCACUGCCAGUCUGUUGAACAAACAGAACAAUAAAUGUCAAUCACUUAUUGUGCAGAAGUAUUAGACAUUUUAUAGUGGUCCUGUUAACACCAAGGUACAGUAGCAGGUGUUUCUUGUCUUUAUCAUGGCCUUACGUCUACAUUGUUUUAAUAGACUACUAUUCAUAAAUUCAUCUGGUAGAUUUACCAAGUCUUCGUCUUUGUUUUAAUUGAAUUUGAAGUAAAGCACAUGCAGAGGUGAAGGCGUGAAAGCUGUACCUUUUUUUUUUUUUUUUUUUUUACCUUUUUUACCUUUUACCUUUUUUGUACCUUAAUUUUUAGAAUUACAAUAAACAAAAAUAACACCCUCAAUGUCCAGGUUGCACUUGGUCUAAUAGUGAUACAAUGCCUUGACUCUUCUUAUAUCCACUGUUUAAAAGCUCCCCCACUCCACCACCAUUUGAAGCCUACUUUUUACCUUUCUCUUGUUUUGCAAAAGAACCACAAUAAUGAGCCAGUGGGGCAAAUUUACAGCAUUGUAUUCUCUACGCACAUGAAAUUAACCACAGUCCCAACAGUGGCAUUAAUAAUGUUUAUUAAAUCAGUCAAUUCUAUUUAAAAUGUGUUUUUUUUACAUUCAUUUAAAUAAAAUCUUUUAAAAUGUG